AUGGGCUUCCUCCUCGCAUCCAGCGCGCUGCUCGUGCUCUACGCCGCCGUCAACCUCUUCGGCCUCUACUACGGCGACGACUGGGGCGGGCUCUACGAGUCCAUCACGGGUUCCGUCGCCCUGUUCGGCCGCGUCGGCGGCGGCAUCUACACCAAGGCCGCUGACGUCGGCGCCGACCUCGUCGGCAAGGUCGAGCGCAACAUCCCCGAGGACGACCCUCGCAACCCCGCGGUGAUCGCCGACAACGUGGGGGACAACGUCGGCGACAUCUCCGGGAUGGGGUCGGACCUGUUCGGGUCGUACGCGGAGCCGUCCUGCGCCGCGCUCUUCGUGGCCUCCAUCUGCUCCUUCGGGGCGGAGCACGACCUCACGGCGAUGAUGUACCCGCUGCUCAUCAGCGCCGUCGGCCUGCUCGUGUGCGCGAUCACCACCGUCGUCGCCACCGACGUCACCGAGGUGAAAGAGUCCGACGAGGUCGGGCCGGCGCUCAAGCGGCAGAUCCUCAUCUCCACCGUGCUCAUGACUGCCGGCGUCGCCGCCGUCACCUUCUUCGUCCUGCCGCCCAGCUUCACCCUCUUCGACUUCGGCAACGACAAGCACGUCAAGAACUGGCACCUGUUCAUCUGCGUGUCGGCCGGUCUGUGGGCGGGGCUGGUGAUCGGCUACGUCACCGAGUACUUCACGAGCAACGCGUACGGGCCGGUGCAGGCGGUGGCGCGGUCGUGCAGGACGGGCGCGGCGACGAACGUCAUCUUCGGGCUGGCGGUGGGGUACAAGUCGGUGAUCGUGCCCAUCCUGGCCAUCGCGGCGGCGAUCUACGCCAGCUUCCGGCUGGCGGCCAUGUACGGCAUCGCGCUGGAAGCGCUGGGGAUGCUGAGCACCAUCGCCAAGGGGCUGGCCAUCGACGCCUACGGGCCCAUCAGCGACAACGCGGGGGGCAUCGCGGAGAUGGCCGGCAUGCCGCGACGGGUCCGGGAGCGGACGGACGCGCUCGACGCCGCGGGCAACACCACGGCCGCCAUCGGCAAGGGGUUCGCCAUCGGCUCCGCGGCGCUGGUGUCGCUGGCGCUCUUCGGCGCGUACGUCAGCCGGGCCGGGAUCACGGCGGUGGACGUGCUGAUCCCGUGCGUGUUCGUGGGGCUCCUCGUCGGCGCCAUGCUCCCCUACUGGUUCUCGGCCAUGACGAUGCGGAGCGUCGGCAGCGCCGCGCUGCGGAUGGUGGAGGAGGUGCGCCGCCAGUUCGAUACGAUCCCGGGCCUCGCCGAGGGCCUCGCCGUGCCGGACUACGCCACCUGCGUCAGGAUCUCCACCGACGCCUCGCUCAAGAAGAUGAUGGCGCCCGGCGCGCUCGUCAUGCUCAGCCCGCUCGUCGCCGGCACGCUCUUCGGGGUCGAGACGCUCGCGGGGCUCCUCGCCGGCGCACUCGUCUCCGGCGUCCAGGUCGCCAUCUCUGCCUCCAACAGCGGGGGUGCAUGGGACAACGCCAAGAAGCCGCCAUGUCGGAGGAGGCGAGCGAGGUCGCUGGGGCCCCAGGGAUCGGAGGCGCACAAGGCGGCGGUGAUCGGAGACACCAUCGGAGACCCGCUCAAGGACACCUCCGGCCCGUCCCUCAACAUCCUCAUCAAGCUCAUGGCCGUGGAGUCGCUCGUCUUCGCGCCCUUCUUCGCCGCGCACGGUGGCAUCAUCUUCGACCACCUCUGA